AUGGAUCUCUCAACCUUUCCGGAACCCAAUCUUCAGUCAACUCAACAAAAAGGCUUCUUCGAAUCCACAAUGGCUGCUGUGAAGCUGCAAAAGGUGUACCGUAGUUAUCGUACACGUCGCAGAUUAGCAGAUUCUGCAGUUGCAGCUGAAGAGCUCUGGUGGAAAGCAAUAGAGUACGCUCGUCUAAACCGCAGCACCACCGCUUUCUUCAACUUCUUCGAACCCGAGAAACCUUCUUCAAGGUGGAGCAGGAUCAGCUGGAAUGCUUCAAAGGUCGGGAAGGGGUUAGUUAAGGAUGCAAAGGCUCGGAAAUUGGCUUUCCAACACUGGAUUGAAGCUAUUGAUCCGAGGCAUCGUUACGGUCAUAAUUUGAGCAUGUAUUUCGGUGAGUGGUGCAGACGUGACACACAACAGCCAUUUUUCUACUGGUUGGAUGUUGGAGAAGGCAAAGUGGUUGACCUUGAUGAAUGCCCAAGAUCGAAACUUCGGCAAGAAUGCAUCGCCUAUCUUGGACCUCAAGAGAGAGGCCGAUAUGAAUACAUAAUAGUUGACGGUAAAUUAAUGAACAAGCAAAGUGGAUAUCUUCUCGACACAAAUGAGGAAGUUACAGGCUCUAAAUGGAUCUUUGUGAUGAGCACAUCUGACAAGUUAUACGCUGGAGAGAAAAAGAAGGGAAAAUUUCAUCAUUCCAGCUUCCUUGCUGGCGGUGUGACACUAGCAGCUGGAAGACUCGUGGCAGAACGUGGAAAGCUCAAGUCUGUAUCAGCAUAUAGUGGCCACUACCCGACCACCAGGACGAGAAUCUGA